AUGAGACAACAAAUAAUUGAUGCGAAAAAUAGUUCUCAUAAUUCUGGAGAAGCUGAUGAAUGCCUUUUUGAGUAUUUACACACUGAGAUGGUCAACUACGCUCUAAGUAAAACAAGUAAAAAUAAGGAAGGGGAAGAAGAAUUAUCUCGACUUGAAUGGAUGGGAUUCAGUGUUGGAUACAGAAUUAUUGAACGAUUGACACGGGAAUGGAAUCGAUUUAAAGAUGAAUUGGAUAUGAUAAAGUUUAUCUGUACUGAUUUUUGGUCCAGUCUUUAUCAUAAACAAAUUGAUAAUUUACGAACAAAUCAUCAUGGUGUAUAUGUAUUGCAAGAUAACUCAUUUAGAUUAUUAGAUAAAAUAGGUACUAGUAACAAUAAACAAUAUCUUCAAGAAAGUCCAAGAUUACUAGCAUUUACUUGUGGACUUUUAAGAGGUAGUUUAGCAAAUCUUGGAAUUAUUAGUACUGUUAAUGCAGAGAUUGCUACAUUACCAAGUUGCAAAUUUCAUGUACAAGUGCAAAGAAUUUAA